AUGCUCGCGAGGAACGGAGCCGCCGCCACGGCCGGCGGCGGCAGGUUCGAGGAGCGGCUCGGCGUGGCGGCGCGGCGACGAUGGAGGGAUAGGAAGGCGGCGAUGUUCGCAGCUAGGAAGCUCGAGCGGCAGGACUGCACCUUCGUGCCGCAGCUAACAAAAAGGGCGAGAAAUGCGCGCUCUCGAUCGGCGAGGGAGCUCAGCAUUGGAGACUCCGUGCUGCGGGAGGCGAAGCUUCGCAUGGCGAGGGCUCGAGAGGACAUCCGUCUCCUGGACAACAACAACGACAACGACAGGUUCGAAGAUGGCGACCAGGGCUGCCACAGCUUCGAGCCGACGCUUGAGACGGCCGGGGACGAUGGCCUUGCUCCUUCGACUACGUCCAGGCUGAGGCUAGCAGACGAGCUGGACACCUACCUCGACAGGGUUCAGGCAUGA